CCCGCCCCCUUUCCCGGAACAGGAAGUAACCAUCCGCUGCUGACGUUGUUGAUAGUGUCCGAGUACGAAAUAAGCUAUGGCGUCCACGGAUCCGUCCCUGUUGGACAUCACGGACAAAGACGUGCGAGAGAAGCUGUCGCUGUGGGACCGCCGCGGCGAGCCGACCGCCCCGCUGACCGACGCGCAGAGCGACUCGGUGGCGGAGGUCCGAGCUGCCGCGGAGAUCCUGCCCGUCCCAUCAGAGCUCCCGAUCGAGGACCUGUGCAGCCUGUCCUCGCGCUCGCUUCACUCCCCCUUCAGCACCACCGUGCCCGACUCCACUGAGGACGUCCUGCUGAAGGGCUUCCAGAUGCUGGACAUGGAGAACGCCCGGAUAGAGACCGCCCAGCAGUUCUUCUCCUGGUUCGCUAACCUGCAGACGAAGAUGGAUCUGGAGGAGGGGGAGCAAUACAGGAAGACGCGGGAGCACUUCCACUCGUACCAGGAGCAGUGCGACGCCAUCCUGGCGGACGUCCACGCGGCGCUGGACCACCUGGACACGCUCCAGAAGCAGUACCUGUUCGUCUCCAACAAGACGGGCACCCUGCACGAGGCCUGUGAGCAGCUGCUGAAGGAGCAGGCAGAGCUUGUUGACCUGGCAGAGAGCAUCCAGCAGAAACUCUCCUACUUUAACGAGCUGGAGAACAUCAACACGAAGUUGAAUUCGCCCUCGCUGUCGGUGAACAGCGAAGGCUUCAUCCCCAUGCUGUCGAAGCUGGACGACUGCAUUGAGUACGUGUCUUCACAUCCCAACUUCAAGGACUACCCGGUGUACCUGGCCAAGUUCAAACAGUGUCUCUCCAAAGCCGUGCACUUCAUGAAGAGCCACGUCGUCAACACCAUGCACAACCUCACCAGCCAGCUCACCAAGCGGGACCCUCUGGGCCUGGCCAACGCAGACAAUGCCUUCACCCUGUACUACGUCAAAUUCAGAGCGGCUGCGCCCAAAGUCAGAACGCUGAUCGAACAGAUCGAAGAACGGGCGGACAAGAUCCAAGAGUACCACAACCUGCUGGAGGCGGUCCACCAGUGUUACCUGGACCAACGAGAGCGCUUGCUCAGCCCCAGUAUCACCUCCACCAUCACCGACCUGACCAGCCAGAACAGCAAGGACCACUGUGCCCUGGUCCGCAGUGGCUGUGCCUUCAUGGUCCACGUCUGUCAGGACGAACACCAGCUCUACAACGAGUUCUUCAGCAGACCCUCCCCCCGCCUGGACGAGCUGCUGGAGAAGCUGUGUCUGUCGCUGUACGACAUGCUGCGGCCACUCAUCAUCCACGUCAUCCACCUGGAGACGCUGUCGGAGCUCUGCGGAAUCCUGAAGAACGAGAUGCUGGAGGACCACGUCCACAACAACGCGGGCCAGUUGGGGGUUGACGCGGUGGUGAAGCAGAUGCUGGAGGACGUGCAGGAGAGGCUGGUGUACCGGACCCACAUCUACAUCCAGACGGACAUCACGGGCUACAACCCCGCGCCCGGAGACCUGGCCUACCCAGAGAAGCUGGAGAUGAUGGAGAGGAUAGCCCAGAGCCUGAAGGAGGAGCAGAUCAAGCUGCUGUCCCAGGAGGCCUCCUUCUCCGACGUCCGCCUGGAAGACCCCGGCUCGCGGCGGAGCAGCACCGCCAGCGUGACGGAGGCGUCGCGGAUGCAGGCCUCCAUCUCCCCGGCUGACCUGCACGGCAUGUGGUACCCCACGGUGCGCCGCACGCUGGUCUGCCUCUCCAAGCUGUACCGCUGCAUCGACAGAGCCGUGUUCCAGGGUUUAUCUCAGGAGGCGUUAUCGGCCUGUAUCCAGUCGCUGCUCAAGGCCUCGGACAUCAUCCUCAAGAAUAAGACUCAGGUAGACGGGCAGCUCUUCCUGAUCAAACACCUGCUGAUCAUGCGCGAGCAGAUCGCCCCGUUCCACACCGACUUCGCCAUCAAGGAGAUCUCCCUGGACCUGAAGAAGACCCGAGACGCUGCCUUCAAAAUCCUCAACCCCAAGGCUGUUCCCAAAUUCUUCCGACUUAACAGUCACAACGCCAUCCUGGAGUUCCUGUUGGAGGGGACCCCAGAGAUCAAGGAGCACUACAUUGACUCUAAGAAGGACGUGGAUCGCUACCUGAAGCUGAGCUGUGAGCAGUUCAUCCAGCAGCAGACGCACAUCUUCGUAGGAACUCUGGAGGAGCUGCUUGCCAAGGUUGCGGCUCUGAAGACCAUGGCCAUCGAGGGCGGGCCCACGUACAACCUGUCGCAGCAGCCCUGGGCCCAGCCAGCCAAGAUCAACGAGAUAGUGACGGCGACCUACCGCGUGAUGAAGGGCAAGCUGCCGGCCACGCUGCAGAGCAUGUCUCUGUACCUGGCCAACAGGGACACCGAGUUCAUCCUCUUCAAGCCCGUCAGGAACAACAUCCAGCAGGUGUUCCAGAAGGCCCACGCCCUGCUGCAGGAGGAGUACAGCGGGGAGGACCUCCAGAUCAUCGCCUGCCCCUCCAUGGAGCAGGUUAACCUGCUGCUGUCGGUGAGCAAGUAGCCGGCGGCGACGUAGCGGCGCACGCUGAUCGGAGCGGCCGGCACAGCCCAGGGGGCGGGGCUCGCUCCGUCGACCCAGCCUCUAGACACCGGGCUGGGGGCGGGUGGGGGGGGGGGGGGGGGGUCUGAGGACUGCCCGGCCGCAGUGACGACGAAGACGAAGAGGUACGAUGGCGAGGAGCACCGAGACAUACCCCACCGGCGCGGCCGGGGUUUGGGUUUAUACGGUGGACUGCGGUGGAACAGACGCACACGGCGACCGUGGUGUUUCACCGCGGGCCGGGACGGUGGAACGCCUCACGAAGGAGACGUCUGCUGUGUGGGCGGGUUCUCGUCUGAGGGGCGGGUUCUCGUCUGAGGGGCGGGUUCUCGUCUGAGGGGCGGGUUCUCGUCUGAGGGGCGGGUUCUCGUCUGAGGGGCGGGUUCUCGUCGGAGGGGCGGGUUCUCGUCGGAGGGGCGGGUUCUCGUCUGAGGGGCGGGUUCUCGCUUUGAGGGGCGGGUUCUCGCUUUGAGGGGCGGGUUCUCGUCUGAGGGGCGGGUUCUCGCUUUGAGGGGCGGGUUCUCGCUUUGAGGGGCGGGUUCUCGCUUUGAGGGGCGGGUUCUCGCCUGAGGGGCGGGUUCUCGCUUUGGGGGGCGGGUUUUUUCUUUUUGUUUUUUGUCUUUCCUCGGUUCAGUUUCAAAUGUACUCUGACAUCAUAACACUAUUGGGAGGGAAAAGGGAAAACUAGAAUAAGCAGAGGGUCGACCACGAGGGCGAGGUUUGGGUGAAUCGGGUUUGGACAACGGCCCUCCAGCGGGCCCCUGAUAUAGGCUCCAAUGGCCCUUCAUCAGGCGGCUAAUGGACAACAAGGGGCCCGCACGCGGCCGCCCGCCGCCUAAUGGAUUCAGGGGCUGAAGGAGACGCAGCCGCCCCCGCCAUCACCGCGCCUCUCCUCCUCUCAUCUGUAGCCCGUCUGGAGAGAGUUCUGGAAGGAUCCCGCUCACCCGGCCGUCACGACCCAUCGUCGUGUCACCGUCACUGGGCUUUGUCCGUCUGAGUCCUCCCCGUCUGAAUGUAGUCGCUCCGCUGAAGAUGAUGAAGAUGAAGUGUUUGUUUGUUUUUAUGUUUUCUACGUUUGUACAUGUCCUGCGUCCCCGGUCUGAGCGGGGCUGGGUCGUGGUGGUGGAGGUUUUGCACUCCUGUCGCAACUGAGAAAUUGAUGAGUAGCUAAUGUUUGGUUUGAUUGAUUUCUUUUCUUAUAGGAUAAGAGGAGUUUAAUAUGAAGGCGGCAUUAUUGACCUGGACUCUGCUAUGUAAAGUGGUGUAUAUACUCAAACUAUUUAUGAAGCCUUUUGAUUAACAAACCCCCAAAAAGUUGGAACAA